AUGGGGAACAUGGUAGAUCUUAAAAGAAAGUCACAAAGUGUGGCCAGGUGGCUCGGAUUGAGCAGGGUUUUCCUUAUCAGUGGAUUGCAUAGAAUACACUGCCAGUCUCUUCUGUUCACCAGGGCUUCUUCUGAUAUCCAGGUGAAAGAACUGGAGAAGCGGGCCUCAGGCCAGGCCUUUGAGCUGAUACUCAGCCCUCGUUCAAAAGAGUCUGUCCCAGAAUUCCCCCUUUCCCCUCCGAAGAAGAAGGACCUUUCCCUGGAGGAAAUUCAGAAGAAAUUAGAAGCUGCUGAAGAAAGACGCAAGUCUCAUGAAGCUGAGGUCUUGAAGCAGCUUGCUGAGAAACGAGAGCACGAGAAAGAAGUGCUUCAGAAAGCAAUAGAAGAGAACAACAACUUCAGUAAAAUGGCGGAAGAGAAACUGACCCACAAAAUGGAAGCCAACAAAGAGAACCGAGAGGCACAGAUGGCUGCCAAACUGGAGCGUUUGCGAGAAAAGGACAAGCACAUUGAAGAAGUGCGGAAGAACAAAGAAUCCAAAGAUCCUGCUAAUGAGGCUGAAGCUGACUAAUUUGUUCUGAGAACUGGCUUUCUCCCCUUCCCCUUCCUAAAUAUCCAAAGACUGUACUGGCCAGUGUCAUUUUUUUUUCCCUCCUGAC